AUGGAGCGGGGUGAGUGGAAGGAACUGGCGGAUAUCGUGCCACAGGGGGACGGAGCGCUGGUCGUGUCGCUCGCCUCCUCGCCCUCGGCCAGGGCCUCUGCCAUCACCAACCAGGAGCUGCGCACGCAGUGGGAAACCACCUUCAAGCGCAACACCAAGCGCUGGACCGCGCAGCAGCAGCAGCGGGACGCACACUCCACUGCAAGCCUGCGCAGCAGCCGUAGCGAAGGGGUAGCCCUGAGCCCCACCGCCAGCAGACGCGAAAUAGCACGCAAAAAGAACGAAAGCGAAGACAAACGCGAAGAAAGCGACAAAGAGGAGGUGGUGCGGAAGUGGGUGCCGUCCGCCUGCACGGGCGCAGAGCUCAGGCGGCGCCUGACCAUCGAGGAGACCAUCCAACUGCUCAGCGAGGAGGUGAACCGGUGCGUGCUCAAGUCCCAGGCCCAACUGCAGCACCGCGGUGGCCGCAGCCUCGUUGCCUCCGCCGGCGAUCCGUCGUUUCUGCCGACAUCACCGGCCUCUUCCUCUUCGCUGCAGCUCCUCAACUCGGGCGAAUCACACUUUCAUACCACCACCACCGCCGCCAUGGACAAGCCGCACCAGCCGCUGCAACUCCGACCACUGCGGUCGCCCAAGGAAGUGCUGGCGGGCCUGGGCCGGAGCAGUGGCGGGAGCGCGAAGAAGGCCAAGGCGGCCGGCCGGAAGGGGAGGGCAGUGAAGACGGCCGGCACCGACGAGGACAGCUGUGGGGGCGACUUAGGAGGGUGGGACCCGCUGUCGACGACGUCGCCGCCGCCGCCGCCACCAGCGGGGAGCGAGGACGAAGCCAAGGUGGCGGUGGUGGGCAGCAACAGCCGCGCGACGGUGGUGAUGCUGCGGGGCGAGGUCCCCGAGCCCGACGUGUACUACUUCGCCAAGCGCAACGUGCGGGAGGGGUGGCUCGUCAAGCAAGGAGGGAGAGUGCAGUCGUGGAAGAAGCGCUACUUCAUCCUUCGACCGACGAACGGCGAGGAGGAACCCGGCAUGCUCUACUACUUCGAGCGGCUGCCAUUCAAGAACGCAAACACCCCGGCCAAGGGUGCGCUGUUAAUGCGAGAGGUGACCUCGGUGGACGAGAACGAUCUGCCGGGCAAGCCGUUCUCCUUCGCCCUGUGCACCCUUGCGCGCAAGUUCUGGUUCCAGGCGGCCAGCGUGGAGGAAAAGGUCGCGUGGACGCAGGCCUUCUCCGCGUUCGUGCUCGAGAACCUCUCGACGAGCCUCGAGAAGGUCGAACUCACUUCCGACCGCAGAACUCAAGACAAGCUGUACGUGAGCCACGACGAUCGGCCGUCGGUGCUCAAACCGCUGGUGGACCGAGAGGAGGCGAUCUACUAUCGCCUGGACCGAGCGCGCGAGGAAGUGGCCUCGUUUCCCGUUCGCCUCUUCUGUUUUUCAUCCGGCGUCACACUCAUCGAAGGGAAAGAGUACCUUUGCCUGGAGGACCCGCUGCACCACAUGAAGCGACCAAGCGUGUGCAGGCUCCGAUUAGGCGCCAAGUCCAGAGGUGAAGCCGGUCAGGACGCCUCUCUCGGCUUCAAGUUCGAGCAGAUCCAGGUCUAUCACCGCGCCACCGAUCAGUACGUCAAAAAGAGCUUUCCGCGCAAGAGCGGCAACAAGAAGGCGGAAAAGGCGACGAAGGAGCUGCUCCGGUUUCUGUAUGACGGGGAGCGCAUCCACUACGCGGUGGUGGACGUGCUGUUGGCCAGGCUGGCCGAACUCAUCCUCUGGCUGGAGAGGGACGCCCGGGGCGGAUUCCUCCCGUUCCUCCUGCUGAAGCCCACUCUGCUCCUCGCCUACGACACGGCCGAGCCCGAUGACGGCGAAGCCAUUCAGCUCAAGAUCAUGGAUUUCGAGCACUGCAAGCCCAAGCCGGCGGGUCAAGAGGUCCAUUCGCUCUCCUUUCUUAACGGGGUGCGGCGACUGUGCAAGCUGCUUGAUCGGAUCUACUACGAAAAGUCCCUCGCAGACAAGGUGGCCAGGAAGUGA